UUUAAUCACAUUUCCCUUUCGUGUUAUAUUUAUUUGCUUAAAUUUUCAACUCUCCUCCUCGCGCCGCCAGUAGAACCCCAAACUCUCCUUCACAACUCCAUAUUCUUCUUCUCUGAACAUUACAAUGGCGUCAAUCAGCAUAAAUCCUUACAACAUCUCAUUCCGCCCCAGAAACCCUUUAACUCAAACUCUCCUCAACUUCAAACCAUCAAUCCCCACACAUUCAUUUUCCAUUCCCAUUGUUCGCUGCUCAAUCCGCUGUCGACCCGAAUACACUCCCUCUCACAUUUCGGACCCUAACUACAUCCGCAUCUUUGACACAACUCUCCGUGACGGUGAACAAUCACCAGGCGCAACAAUGACGACAAAGGAAAAACUCGACGUUGCACGUCAAUUAGCUAAGCUCGGUGUUGAUAUAAUUGAAGCCGGUUUUCCUGCGUCUUCUGAAGCUGAUCUUGAAGCGGUCAAACUUAUAGCUAAGGAAGUUGGUAAUGGUGUUUAUGAGGAAGGACAUGUUCCGGUUAUUUGUGGAUUAGCGAGGUGUAAUAAGAGGGAUAUUGAUAAGGCUUGGGAAGCUGUGAAGUAUGCAAAGAAGCCGAGGAUUCAUACGUUUAUUGCUACCAGUGAGAUACAUAUGAAGUUUAAGUUGAAAAUGAGUAGAGAUGAAGUUAUUGAGAAAGCUAGGAGUAUGGUGGCUUAUGCUAGGAGUAUUGGUUGUCAGGAUGUUGAAUUUAGCCCUGAAGAUGCUGGAAGGUCCGAUCCGGAGUUCCUCUAUCAUAUCCUUGGAGAAGUUAUCAAAGCUGGGGCAACAACUCUUAACAUCCCUGAUACUGUUGGAUACACUGUACCCGAAGAAUUUGGACAAUUAAUUGCUAAUAUAAAAGCCAAUACCCCAGGAGUUGAAGAUGUGAUCAUUUCAACGCACUGCCAGAACGAUCUUGGGCUUUCUACUGCCAACACUUUAGCUGGAGCAUGUGCAGGUGCAAGACAAUUAGAAGUGACCAUCAAUGGAAUUGGUGAAAGAGCUGGAAAUGCUUCUUUGGAGGAGGUUGUAAUGGCCUUAAAAUGCCGUGGAGAGCAAGUAUUAGGUGGCUUAUAUACAGGGAUUAAUACACAACAUAUACUCAUGUCAAGCAAGAUGGUAGAGGAGUACACGGGGCUUCAUGUGCAGCCACAUAAGGCCAUUGUUGGAGCUAAUGCCUUUGCUCAUGAAAGUGGUAUCCAUCAGGAUGGAAUGUUAAAACACAAAGAUACAUAUGAGAUCAUGUCUCCUGAAGAUAUUGGGCUUAAUCGUGCUAAUGAAUCCGGUAUUGUCCUUGGGAAACUCAGUGGGCGUCAUGCUUUGCAAGCCAAAAUGCUUGAGCUUGGAUACGAAAUUGAGGGAAAAGAACUUGAUGACCUCUUUUGGCGAUUCAAAUCUGUGGCUGAGAAGAAAAAGAAAAUUACAGAUGAUGACCUGAUAGCACUGAUGUCAGAUGAAGUUUUCCAGCCUCAAUUUGUUUGGCAACUUCAAAAUGUACAGGUUACCUGUGGAAGUCUUGGCCUUUCUACGGCAACUGUUAAGCUCAUUGAUGCUGAUGGGAAAGAGCAUAUUUCUUGUUCUGUUGGAACGGGGCCAGUUGAUGCGGCUUAUAAGGCAGUUGAUCUCAUUGUCAAGAUACCGGUAACACUCCUUGAGUAUUCCAUGAAUGCAGUCACGCAAGGUAUAGAUGCCAUAGCUUCAACCAGAGUAUUAAUUCGUGGAGAGAAUGGCCAUACAUCAACCCAUGCUUUAACUGGAGAGACUGUUCACCGUACAUUUAGUGGAACCGGAGCAGAUAUGGAUAUUGUUAUCUCUAGUGUCCGAGCCUAUAUUGGUGCAUUGAAUAAGAUGAUGAGUUUCAGAAAACUGUUGGCGAAAAACACCAAAGCUGAAGGCAGUGCAGUUAUAUAGGAACGUUCAUCCAGUUGCUGCAACAUGAAAGUUUGGUUAGUCUCAGAUUUGGAGAAGAAUCAUGGAUAUCAAAUCUGAGUCUGAGGCGCAUAUAAUGUGUAGAUUCUCUGAUGGGGAAAGUUCAUGGGAUAACUGGUCAAGCCAAAAUUAGUGAUAGGUUUUAACAAGGGAAAAGGACUAUUCCCUCUUUCAUUUUAUGUGAUAUUUUUAACUUGAGACCAUAUUUAAGAAAAGAAAAAAGAAAUAAAUUUUGAAAUUUAUAGUCUAAAA